AUGGAGACCAACCAGACCUCCUGGAUCACAGAAGUCACCCUGCUGGGAUUCCAGGUCAACCCAGCACUGGAGAUUUUCCUCUUUGGACUGUUUUCUGUCUUUUUCAGCCUCACUCUUCUGGGAAAUGGGGUCAUCCUGGGGCUCAUCUGCUUGGAUUCUAGACUACACACCCCCAUGUACUUCUUCCUCUCCCACCUGGCUAUCAUUGACAUGUCCUAUGCUUCCAACAACGUCCCCAAGAUGUUGUCCAAUCUUGUGAGUCAGAAGAAAACCAUCUCCUUUGUUCCCUGCCUCAUGCAAACAUUUCUGUAUGUGGCCUUUGCUGCCACAGAGUGCCUGAUACUAGUGGUGAUGUCCUAUGAUCGGUACGUGGCCAUCUGCCACCCUCUGCAUUACACCGUCAUCAUGAACUGGAGAGUGUGCACAAUCCUAGCUGCCACUUCCUGGGUGUUCAGCUUCCUCUUGGAUCUGGUCCAUUUAUUCCUCAUCCUGAGACUACCCUUCUGUGGCCCUCAUGAAAUCAACCACUUCUUCUGUGAAAUCCUCUCUGUCCUUAAGCUGGCCUGUGCUGACACAACACUCAACCAGCUCGUCCUUUUUGCGGCAUGUGUCUUUAUACUAGGAGGGCCCCUGUGCUUGGUAUUGUCCUCCUAUGCUCGCAUCCUGGUGGCCAUCCUCAGGAUCCAGUCAGGGGAGGGACGCAAGAAGGCCUUCUCCACCUGCUCCUCCCACCUCUGCGUGGUGGGGCUCUAUUUUGGCAAUGGUGUUGUCAUGUAUAUGACCCCCAAAUCUCACCAUCCUGAAGAACAACAGAAAGUCCUAUCCCUAUUUUACAGCCUCUUCAACCCUAUGCUGAACCCUCUUAUCUAUAGCCUGAGGAAUGCAGAGGUCAAGGGAGCCCUGAGGAGAUUCUUGGCAAAGAAGAGAUUAGUAUGA